CGCCACCACCAAGUGUCCAAGUCGAACUCGAAUCAUGUCGUAUCCUGCCGCCGCCGCCGGCCGCUCUCCCUCCUUCGCCUGGGAGAGGCCUCGGCCUCCCGUGCCUGCCGAUCCUUUCGCGCCGGAGUACUUCGACGUGCUGGCCGGGUACUACGUCGAGGCGGCCCGCCGCCUCCCCAUCGCACAGAUCCCCUACCUCGCCUGCUGCAUCAAAGAUCGUGGCCUCGCCAUCGGCCUCGCCGACCCCGUCACCAACAUCCUCCUCACCACCAUCGACGCCUUCGCCCACACCAAGCCCUACAUGUUUCGUCACGUGGACCACGCAACGAUAGAGCAAACCAGGAACAAGACCACCUUCGCCGACGGCGCUCGCAGCUCGUGGGUUGCUCUAACCUGUUUCGUGGUCACCUAGCUAUUUUCGGCACCUCGCAGUGCCUCAAGCCUUCCUUGUACUCCACAAAGCUGACUACGACCUCCGCGUCGCCAUCGAGGCCGUUCAACUCCAUAUUUUUGGCCCUAAUAAUCAUCCUGAGCUGCUCCUCCCAGAUUCUAUGAGGACCAAGACAGCAUUGGAGGAGGGAGAGCUCUUGCGUCUAAUGACAUCGACUUACAGUCGUUUCCUGGCCGAGCCCGUCCUAGAAGAUCUGCGCCGAGGGGGCGAGCUCACCGCUGAUUGCGUCUACAAGCUCUGCGAGAUGCUGCACCAUCCGUGGUCGCCGCCGCCAUCAUGGCCCCCUCCUCCUACUCCCGGUGUUUUUCGGGACGACGGCGGCGGCCUCACCAUGAUCGUCUGCAUCGGAGGCGAUGACUUCGCCACAACUCACAUCUCAAAGGAUCGUGUCGCCACAACCACUUUCACCUCAUAUCGUCCGGCUUAUGCCGAUUUCUCAGAAAACGCAACCAACCUAGUAAGUAUGUUCCCUAUCCACCAUGGGAGGAGACUAAUCGGCCACAGAGAGCCCUGCUCGGAGACCUUGGAGAGCCCUGAUUUCCUGCCGUUUCUCAAGUCCCAACUCCUUGAUAUCAUCCAUGGGGUUUAUCUCAAGGCUAUUGCUAUCCUACCGGUUCAUGCUUUACGCGACGGCCACCUGCUCCACUCUCUGGUAACAGCGGGUCACUGCUACGGACCGUUGGACCCUGUGUCCAAUAUUGUCAUCAACACAAUCUGGUAUGAUGCUGUCUUCCCGCUCUCCAAGGAUGUCGCUUUCAAGGUUGGAGCAGCGGAUAUUCUCGACAACGACUCCAUGCACCGUGUUGAAUCCCGUUCAAUCGACGGCCUGGUUGCCUACCUCUGCAGAUUCCCCUCAACGAAUGAGCAAGAUGCCGUGACACUGCUCUGCAAAAAUCGCUUGGACAUCCCAAUCUUGGACUUAUCCAAUAUGUGUGAUGUAGCACUGGCCGCGAACCACCCCCAGCCUGCUGCCUUUGGGGCAUUCCUCGAACGCGUGUCCAUUCGACAGUUAUACGACAUGUACUGCCUUUCUAGGAUCCACGGAAAUCGAGAUUCUCCUUUCGAGGGGCUAAAGAUGGCUCUACUCCAGGAAACAACCCGUGUUGCAGCACCAGUGCAACGACGAUGUGCUCAUGAUAUGGACAAAUCGGCUGCUUUCGAACGGUUAAACAGCAUGCCAAACCAAAAAACAGCAUUGGUGACACUGUCUGAAAAGAGGCUUUCAUUCAAGUCUCGGCAAGCUACUUUUCGCAGAGUGUUGGAACAUUUGCUUAUUGAGUAUGGCUACAGUGAUCCCCUGGCACCACUAUACAAGCUCGGUGUCAUCUGUGGAGUGACCAGCAACAGAAACUAUAGCCGCACGUAUGUUUACCAUGCCAAUUUUUUGGCUAGCUCAGAUGGUGGAUCAUCAUGGAAGUUGUUCUUCGCUGAAUUCUGGAACCUACCAGAUGCGAGAAUUGAAGAAUCAAAAAAGUCUUUCUGUUGUCCUAUACCGGAUUACCAAGAAUAUCCCGGUCGCUGUGUUGUUUGCGAGUAUGAUUCGAGUAUCAUCAUGCAUCCACAAUCACGAAAGUAUUACAUGGGCAACUCCACACUUGCAUUUCCGGCACCCGGCCACCGCGGGGGUGAUAGAAGUGGGCAAUUGGACUUUGACUUAAUUUACUUAAGUGUAUAGAAGGUGGAGGAGGAGUAUG